GUGUCACUGCGUGGACAUCUGCGGUUAAGUUCACUCUGACUGUGCGCCAUACACAACAACCGCAGAGCAGUAUCGACAAACGUUCACAUUACAUUUAGACGUAAUAAAUAUAGUGUCAUUCUCUUCUUAUAUUUUAGUAAUUAGACCAUUCAAAAUUUAAAUUUUCCUCGUUUUAGUUGUUUAAGUGUUAAGUGUAUUUGAUGAUAUAUUAAUAAUGUACAGUGCCGCAUCUUUAUACGCAUUCUGAAGUAAUUACGUAAUGGGAAUUAUGCUAGAGAAGUUUUUAGUAUUGCCCUGAAAUUCAACAUGGCCGCUGACACAGGAAUGGAUACUUGCCCCAGUCCGGAAAUCACGGACUCUAGAAAACGACCCCUGGACGGCGACUCGGAAAAUGGGGACGUCAAGAGGUCACACUUCAGCUCGGUUCAAGACUUGGUGACGGCCUUGCCACUGGCAAACGGUCACGGCAAUAUAACGUCUCAUUUCGCCGUGGAGCCGACGUACCACUUCAAGGUGCUGGUGCCGUCCAUGGUGGCCGGCGCCAUCAUCGGCAAGGGGGGCGAGACCAUCGCGCAGCUGCAGAAGGACACCGGCGCGAGGGUCAAGAUGUCCAAGUCUCACGACUUCUAUCCUGGUACAACAGAGCGGGCGUGCCUCAUAACCGGCUCGGUGGAGGGCAUCAUGGUGGUGCUGGACUUCAUCAUGGAGAAGAUCAAGGAGAAGCCGGAGCUGGUCAAGCCCUUCCCGGAGGGUGUGGACGCCAAGAUGCCGCAGGACAGGGAUAAGCAGGUUAAGAUCCUAGUGCCCAACUCGACGGCGGGCAUGAUCAUCGGCAAGGGCGGCAACUACAUCAAGCUGAUCAAGGAGCAGAGCGGCAGCUACGUGCAGAUCUCACAGAAGGCCAAGGAGCUCUCGCUGCAAGAGCGCUGCAUCACAGUAGUCGGUGAAAAGGAGAACAACAAGAAGGCAUGCGUGAUGAUCCUGCAGAAGGUGGUGGACGACCCGCAGUCGGGCUCGUGCCCCAACGUGUCGUACGCGGACGUGGCGGGGCCCGUGGCCAACUACAACCCCACCGGCUCGCCCUACGCAGUGCCCGCCACUGAGGUGACCGAGAGUCACGCGCUAGUGGGCGGCGGCUCAGUGGGCGGCGUUGGUGGCGUGGGCGGGGUGGGUGGCGUGGGCGGCGUGCUCAUGAACGGGUCGGGGCUGGGCGCGUUGUCGCUGUCGCUGUCGCUGGCGCCGCCCGGCACGCCGCCGCCGUCGCCGCUCACGCAGCACACGCUCGAUCACAUCAAGGUGGCCUUGCGUCAGGCGGGCUACUCGGAGGGCGGUAUCUCCGAGAUCGGCGCGGCCCUGUCGCUGCUGGUGAAGCACGGCGUGCUGGGGCUGGCGCUGCCCGCCGCGCUGCCCGCGCCGCUGUCGGCGGCCUACUUCCCGCUACCCGCGCAGGACUCGUCCGCGGUCUUCGGCCCGCUGGCGCAGGUCCAACUCGGCGGCGCGCGCGGCGGGGCGUGCGGCUUAGAGCGUUUCGCGGAGGUUGCAUUCGAGGCGCUUCGCCCCCCAGCCGUGGCGCCCAUCUCGCUGUCGGGCGGCGCCGUGCCCGCCUUCCCGUCCGCCAGCCUGCUGCCGCUGUCCAAGAGCCCCACGCCGGCCGACGCGGGCGCCAAGGACUCCAAGAACGUGGAGAUCGCCGAGGUCAUCGUCGGCGCCAUACUAGGCCCCGGCGGGCGCAGCCUCGUGGAGAUCCAGCAGAUGUCGGGCGCGAACAUCCAGAUCUCGAAGAAGGGCACGUUCGCGCCCGGCACGCGCAACCGCAUCGUCACCAUCAGCGGCUCGCAGACCGCCAUCAGCAACGCGCACUACCUCAUCGAGCAGAAGAUCCAGGAGGAGGAGCUGAAGCGCACGCGCCACAACGCGCUCACCGGCCUCAUGCAGUAGCGCCGUCCGCAGCUCCCGUCUACUUGUUCUAGUCAAGCGUCCGCGCAGCGAGCCGUCAGCGACGCGAGUUACCUGAGAGUAGUUAAGUUCGACCGACCGAGGCGUCCGAGCCUCUAUUUACAAGGUUAAUGAAGUACAUAGAUUUACGCGUAAUGAUAAUUUUACGUACGGCAUAUAGUGUUGAUUAUUAUUGGUAUAUUUUAUGUUUUCGAUGGCCUGCCUGGCAGGCGUCGUCGUUGAUAAGAUGUAAUGGUUAAAUACGAUUGUGAUAACUCCUAUCACGGAUAUUCCUAUUCCAUACACGUUAUUUUUUAUAUCGUUCACCGAGUAAUGUUUUUAUUUACGAAGUUGAUUUCAUUGUAAAUGUUACCAUUGAUAAGUUAUUCUCUGUUAGUGUAUCGUGACAUACUUAGCGUUAAAUUUGAAUUUAUAUUUUAAUAUUUAGAGUCGGCUCCCAGCCGAAGGAGCCGGAUAGAUAAUAUAUUAACCAAAGUUGGUAUUUAAUUUUAUUUCUUUGACAUUAAAAUUGUAUGUUUCGUGCAAUGCAAAAACGUUGUAAUAUUUGAUUUUAACGUAGACGUUCGCGGAGAGAUCGAUCAUUCCUGUUUCUCGCGGUAAAGAUCUUUAUUUUUUAUACGUUUGUAAUAUUUUAUUGUCGUAUCGUAGGAUCGUUUCGUCAUCGUUCAUUUGUCGUCGGUCUAAAAUUUUGUCUUAAAAUGUAAGUACAAUUUUAAUAAUAAAAAGAUGCAUGUCCAUAAUAGUAGAGAGUUAUAUAUUUUAAAGGUUUUAAAGCAGAUUUCUAUGUAUUAUUCGAGAUGACAAUAUUGAAUAUUCUUAUUUACAGUUACGAUCUAAUUGAAUCGAUAGUUUAUUUUGAGCGCCAUGGUGUAGUCAGGACGUUCUCGUCUCCGUAGGGGUGUAACCGACAUAAUAAUAUUAAGCUGUGAUUGUUUCGUUCGACUCUGUCAAGGUACUUGGGUCACUUGCAGUUAGCGUAGAAAAGCCUCGUGGGGAAAUAGUUUUUAGUUGUUCGCUUACCUCAGAAGUGCCAUCGUUGUAGGUAGACAUAAAACGGUGACUUUGAUCGUGGCCCCAGGUCGGGCGCCAACAUGCUCCCCAGUUGGGCGCCAAAAUUAUUCAAGGUUACUUUGCAGCAUCAGGUUGAGUAAAGCUUUUUCGUCGUGACGAUUUUAAGGUUCGAAUACUUUGCGACUCUUGUCGCGAUUCGACUCUGACCCGACGUUACGACACGGUGCAAUUAGGACAAAUAUAUGUAUAGGUUUCGAAAUAAGGUAUUUGACAGCAUGUGAAAUAUAGGAUCUAUUGAUGGCAUCCGUAUUGAAUAUGAAUUUUGGAAACCAACUAUUUAGUCAGUUAAGAAAAAUAAAUGAGAUUUUUUAAGAGAAAAUCGAUAAAGAAAAUGAUUUUUUUGUUUACUUUAGUCACGUGAUCAUAAACGGCUGUGAUUGAGCGAGUGGUUGAUAACGUCAACAGUUCGUAAACAUUUGCGUGUUUAUUAUAGUCAACAAAGUUUACGAACAGAUGACAUCACGAUGACGUAUGUCAGGAAAAUUGUUAUUUCGCGGGAUAUUUAAAUAAUAUUUUUUGCUUUCGUUAUUUGUUACACUAUAAUAUGUAAUGAAAUAUACAUUUUCUAUAGUCCUUAGACAUCAGGGAUUAACGUAGAACAGCUGCUCGGUUGCGGGAAAAAUGCAUCAAUCAUUAUUACAAUCGCAAUCGUUUUGAUUGGCUGAAUUUAUGAUAUUCUUGUUGCAACAAUACAUUGUAGCCAAUAGUAAGCGAGCAUCAACCAAUCAGAGAUUAUUGCGAUUAUAACAUUGUAGCUGUCAUUCUACCGCAAUCGAGCGAGUUUUCAAAGAUCUGUCAAAUACCCUAUUAGUUGGUUUGGGCACGGUCGUAGCGCGGUCACGGACGGAAAGCUUUGCAUGUACGGCGUUGUUUACUUAUCGGGAAUGAAGUACAAACGAAGUAAAUGUUACGAAAUAAACAUAUAUAUACAGUAUGUAUAUUAGUACAGAUCGGCUUAAAACUAAUUUGUAGUGUUAUAAGAUAAGGAAUUGAGAGACGAUUCUUAGCUAACUUGUUGCGACGCGUAGACGCCAUGACCUCGAACUUCCGUGAAUACAAAAUAUAAUAAAAUAAAUAAUAGUAAAAUUAAUUAAUUAUUAUUAUUAUUAUUAAAUAAUUAAAAAAAUAUUGUUGUAAGUAUACCAACUGUCCAACGACAUCUCGAUAUAAUGUUGUGGUAUUGUUACUGUGUAUUAUUAUACGUGUGUUAUGUAGGUACCAUUGCAUCGUAGUUCCAUUGAAGUAGCUAGUUGUAGUAUAUAUUCAAUCUUUCAAAUGUAUUAUUAGGUACGCUGUUCGAACUCUCUGGUGUUUUUCGACUUUCUCAUCUCGUAUUGUAUAUUUGGGGGUAGUUACAGAUAUCGUCUAGUGUCAAUUAAACUAACGGUUGACAUGCUCGCGACUACGAAUUGGCAGCGCGCGAAUCAUUUCAACUUAUUGUACUGAUCGCAUAUAUCACGCCUCUCGGCCGCAGCCCGCAAGCGAUGCAUUUCUGACUAUUUCAAAACGCUUACUGAAUCAAUUGCAACACACUUGCAUAUUAGUAUUUAUAUUAUCGAGCCUAUAGGCUCGUAAUACUUUAGCAGCUUUCAAGGUAAUUAAAAAAAAAUGUUUUUAAUUAUCAAUAAAAUUUAAAUAACAAUUCUAUUAUUCUAAUAUUCUAUUAUUCUUUCCGAAGUUAGGAAAAGAAUUGACAAUAUUGUAAGAACUUACAUAACUCAUUACGAAAUAUCGAUCACGAGCUCUAUAGUUGUUUGGUUGCAUGGUGGGAUGUGCAACAUCUGCGAUACGUGAUUCCCGUUAUAAGUAUUCAUUCGUAAUUUAGCCUACUGAAACAUGCAUUGCUUUCGUGUGCGACUCUUUCCUCAAUAUGCGAUCAAUUUUAUCAAAAAAGGGCGUAGGCUCUAGGACGUAGCCAGUAUUAUAAUGAAAAGUAAUAGUUUCACAUUCACUUCUUUAACAAAAUUUCUUCAUCAACUUAACAGCUCAAAUAAUGGUUCGUUUUCUUUAUCAAUUAUAUCUCAAAUGUCAAUUAUACUUAGAAACACUCCUAAAUCUAGCUACGUCCAUAAGGGAUAGUACAGUCGCGAGCAUGUGAACCAACGGGGCGUAUGGGGUAAGGUCCUCCACAAACUAGACUUUUGGUCGGCUGUAAUUUAGUUGGAUGGGACUGCGACUGGUUGUUUGGCUAGCAAGGGCACGUUAGCUGAUCAAGGCAGUCAAUCGAUAGUUAAUUCAUGGGCGAACAUGCACCAAAGUUUGAUAGCUACGAGUGAAAUAGAAAUACUUUUUAUUUGCUGUGAUCGUCAAUGUCCCGUAUGUAGUUGAAAUCCCUCGGACACGUACGAAGCGAUUUGGUUUCUCGUUUCUUAUUCGAACUGCUAAGAUUUGGAACGCCCUUUCGGUAUCAGUUUUCCCCUCCACUUUUAACCUAUGUAAAUAGGCAGCUUCUAGACUAGCGCGCUUUAUCUUAGGCUGCAUCAGCACUUGCAGGCAAGUCUGAAUGCAGCAAAGUACUAGUCUAUAUAUAUUAUAAAAAACUAACCAUCGAAAUCCUCACUCGAUCUGCUAUUGUCUAAAAUGUACAGUUUAUCAAGAUUACCACAAUUUUGGUGCUAGAAAUCCUGAAUAUCACCCAAUAUAAUUCUUUCCUACUUCCUUGGAAGGGUAUAAACAUCGCCAUCUAUGAGACUUUGAAGGAACGGGGCCUGGAAAGUUCCUCAUUGCUACCGAACAUUUCAAGUAUGAGAUUUUGGUACAAAUUAGAUACAAAAAGUUUUCUUUGUCACACUGUGGUAUUAAACAACCAACUAAAGUAUAGCGGCCGAUCAAUAGUUUGCAGUUUGCGAGAGUACCAAGCCUCCCAACGCGUAUUGCCUGUGAAGUCGAUUUUACACGCUCAAUUUUAUUGAAAAAUUAUUCUCGAUUAGUCACUACGUGUAAGACAAUACGUCAAUUAUUCGGAAACAAAUGUGAAAUAAAGGCGGUCAUACUUGUAACUGCAUAUCUUUACGAUCUAUUUUUUCGGAUAACACUAAACCAUAAAUCUAGCCAUUGCCUGAGGCAACCUAUGCGAAAAACUGACAGAUAUAUUUUUGCGAUAAUUUCGUCGCCAUGUUUAGCACAAUUUUUUGUGUUUUUGAAAGAUCUAAAACGCCCCUUACGAGAUUAAAAAAAAAAAACCCAGAAUCUAUAAGCACGAACUGGGUACCACCAUUGAAUUCGGCGUUGCCCAACAGUGGGGGACAUCGUGCAUUGUAAUGAAUUUGUUUGUACCCAGUUUAUCCCAGUUUAUUGUGGGUUUUUGGCCGAUAUUUAUAGACCAUCACCUUUAGCGCAAAAUUAUAAAGAAUCCAACGAAGAAAACCAUAAGGUAUCAUCAAGUAUUUUCUGAGAUCUUGAAAAUGUAAAUGUAGUGAGAAAAGAUCUUAUCUGUAACCAUAAAUCGUAACGAAAUGCAGCUAGAUGUAUGGCCGCCUUAAUUGUCCGGAGUCGCAUCAGCGGGGUAGGUUGUGAGCACAUUCGGAUUACUAAAUAAAUAAAUAACAUUUAUGUAGUUUGAAAACUUUUCACGUUACGUAGCUCUUUCAUAUUGCACAAGAGUUGUUGCGAAGUCGUGUCGGGCAUUGCGACUGGUCGCAAUGGGCAUUGCAGCUAGUCGCUAUGAUUGCCGCGCUGAGCGACCGGACUCCGUCGCGGGGUUCUCUCGGUAUACAACUAUCAACUUCUACUAUAUUUAUACGAACACAUCUGCAUACAUCGCUCCUUUACUUUCAUCUCUUCCUUUCAUUGUUGAUUUGUUCUUUACAAUGUUUCCAUCAGUACUCUGCGCGCCGAACGUGUGACAGAGACGUAGGUACAUGUAUGCGCGUUCGUUCGGCGCACAGAGUAUGACCUAUUAAGACAUUCCAUCUAAAAGUUUCCCCCAUACUUCUUCCCAAAUCAUAUUAUUGUAAAUUAUUAUCGAAUGUUUUACACAAUUUUAAGAUUGUUGAAUUAUAAUAGAUCUCUAGUCGUGUUAUUGUAUUCUCUUUAAAGUACUAAACAAAUUAACGUUGUAACUUAUAACAAAACAAUUAAAAAUGUAUGCGAUUCGACAACAGAGUCGUUUGCGAGUAGGGACAAUGUAAAGAACAUUUCGAAAAGUGAAAAGUUAACGAUCCAAAACUAGUUAGUUAAAAUUAAUUCAUAUUGAAGAGUAAACGACACAUUGGGGGUGUAUAAUAAAAUAGAUAAUUUUAAUUAAAAAUAUACUGGAAAAAAAUGUUAACGUUGUUAUACUGAAGUUGUUACAAUAUUUGAGAGUAUAUCGUCGUGAAUAACAAGAAAAUAAUUCUUAGUGCGGUAACAUUAUCUGAAUUUAAAAUUUUAUCGCGUGGAGAGAUAAUAAAUAGUGUCCCGACAUCCCGCGUGACGACGCCGAGCGCCGCGAGCGAGCAAGUAGCUGUGGGUAACUUGCAUACUGCGCGCGGGAGUCAGCCCCUGAGGUCAACCCAGUUCAUAAAGGGUCAGAUCUCAUGCGCCUGUGUAGUAGCGAUGCAGAUGGGCGAUUGUUGCAAAAAACAAAUGAAUUGAACAAUCGAUUGUAGAUUUAUUCGUCUUCACAAUAAACAAUCGAAUAAAAAUCGACAAUCGGUUGUUAAAUUUUUCGAUUCAUUCGAUUGUUAAGUACAAAUGCAGAGCGCACGAUCUGGAUCGAAUAAAUCUAACUCAGUUGCAUUCGAUUUUAUUUUCAUUCGUCCCAGAACCGCGUGCAUUAUGUAAUAAUUGCAUCGCUACUGUGUAGUGUUAGGGUGUGUGGCGGCCGCGGCGCGUCGGCCACCGCUGUAGUUAAGGUUCGAUGUCGUAGGCUAAGGUAGCUAGUGUGAUUGUUCAGUAAGGUAUCGAGCGAGGUGGGCACGUCUCUCGGCGGAGGAACAUGGCUGUGCGUCAAGUCGGCUCAACACGGCGGCCCGGGACUCCCGCGCCUCGUAUCUGUAUAUAAUUGCACGCCAUUCGUUUCAUUUGCGUUUCUCCUUGCUCAUUGUCAUCAAUUUAUUAAGACUGAGGAAUCAACUCGCGCAUACUGACAUCACCGAACGCGUCCCUCGCGGGUAUCGUCAUCGGGCGCGGAGUCGCGGGCGGCCGCUCUUUACACGUGUUGAGCUGAUUGUUAAACUAAUUGUAUUGAAUUGUACCUUGUUGCGUAUUAUAAGUGAGUACCGACGACCCGCGCUCGGCUCGUCGAGUAUAUGAUAUGUUGAUACAUUUGUUGCUGUACAGGUUCAAUGGAGGAGUUGUAAUAUUUUAUUAUUAAUUAUUUUUUGUUAACUUGGUUUACUGUAAACGGGUCUGCGACGUUAUGUGCGAGAGAUAUGUAUAAGUUAAAAUGCUAUGUUUUGAAUUUUAAAGAUUCGCUAUAUUUUAGUCAAAGUUUAUUUGUUUAGUUUUAUCGAGAGGGUUUUCUAGUUUACUGUUAUUUUGCAAUAUCCUAAUGAUAAGAGGUCAAUAAGAAGGUUACAAUGUCUUAGUGUUAAAAACUCGAAAACCAAUUAAAGGGUACCUUGAACAUUGUCUAUAAUAAUUAUAUUAACAUUAAAUAAAUGCAAAAUAAUUA